CUUUGUUUUCUCCCUUUGGAAGUCUGGCUUGCUAGUGAGAUUGCAUGAAAGCUUCAACUUUUACACCAUUUCUCCUUCUCCUCCACAUUCUUAUAACUUCGUCACACUUCAUCCUUUCAAGCCAAAAGUUUUGAGGCCUGAUAUCUGCUCAAGCAUGAAUUUUUUUUGGAUGGGGAGGUGGAUUCUAAGUGAGUUUAACAAAAACAGUGUAGUCAUCUUUUGAGAAUCAGUAAGAGCUUCACUUUGACUUAUGCACUUUGUAAACUGAGCAAACAAAAGUUAGAUGCUCUGUGAAGUUCAGGUAGGGGACUAGGUGGAGACAGGGAGCCACUGAAUAGCCUCGCCUGUGCUAGUGUGGGUUUUAGAGUCUGGAAAUGGAGUCGCCUUUCAUCAUUUGUACUUUUUAAAUAAGAGAGCUGUUGUGAAGUUUUUGUUUAAAUUGGCAUCUUUCUGUUUAACUCCUGAAGUCCGCAGUUGAAUCCAAGGGAGUCUUGGACAAUUACAAAGUUUAUUUGGAAAAAUGCAUCUGAUUAUUAUAUGAGACUUUAUGUUUUUAUAGAAUCAGAUUCACUUUGAUGUUUUUGAUGUGGAAGCUAAGCAAAUAAGGGUGUAUUUAUAAACAAAAACAAACAAACAAAAACCCUAAAACCCCAAAACCCAAACUUGACAUUCCAAACAAAAAACCCCUCUUGAUUCAGAUGGUGCUCAAUUGCCAAGAAUGCGUUAUCUCUUCACAUGUGCCCAUCCUGUGAAAGAAAAAAAGCCAUGUAAUUAAGCUUUACAUACAUAGGGCCUUGCUGUGGGCAGUGUAAUUUGGUUCAGAAAAGAAAGCAGAGGAAGGAAGGUAAAAGUCUUGCCCCAUCAGAUUCUGAUUGAAUCACAGCAGUGUAAAUCCAGAGUAAUUCAGUCAGGCAGCUGGCAGUCUGACUGCAUGCCACCGUUGCAAGGUAAAUAAUUCAUCCUUAAGUGUGUUUAUUGGUUGAUUUGUAGUGAGUGAGUGAGGCAGGAAUACUUGGCUUUGCUGUUGCGUGAGCAAUUCAUAAAAACAAAAUUAUCAGGUAAUUUGGUUCAUUUAAAUACUGCUUCUCUACAUAGAGGAAAAUUAUCUUUGCAUUUUGGCUCACACGCAGCAAUUCCACAUGUAUUUAUUCUGCCCUAAUAUACUUUUGGAAAGUAAGUGUUUCAUGCUACUCCGGGCAUGCUCCUCAGCUUAUCUGAUGAUUGAGAUAGGCCCUUCAGAAACAGUAUUUACUCAUUAAUUAGACUACUGCCGCAUCAUAACAGAAAUAGGAGUGGGACAAUUUGCAGGUAGCUGCACGAGAAACCUAGAGUGCUUGCUUUCUCUAAGCAGCUUGCUCUGCCAGAUGUUCUCUGAGCAUAGUUUUUACCACAUGUAUUUUACCUACCAGUUUUGCCAUAUUUGUUCAGGAAUGGGUGCACAUUCUCCUUCAGGAAAUACUCUUUUGUGAAUUUCUUUAGUUUUUGAAUAGCGUUUUCAUGAGUGUGACCAACUUUGCCCACUAAUGCUAUUACACAGAGGAAUGUAAGGAUUAGAACGGAAAGGGCUUCUUCAGCCGGGUGCUCCUUAAGAGAUUACACCUCUAUCUUCAGAGGGCUAUCUUUUGGUGGGUAACUGGUCCUCUGACUGCAUGGAGAGUUGAAAUGGAGCAGUGGGCACUUGACUGGGGACAGACUCCUACAGAAUCUUGUGCCAAAGAUGGGAAUGAAAUGGGCAAUAGAGAGCUGUGACGUGAUCUCACUUGGAAAUACGGUAUCUCAGGAGCAGGGUAGUCAGGUUGUUUUCCUGCUGCCUAGUCUCAUUGGAUGAGAGAGGAGGAUCUUGUCUGUCAGGAAUAUUGAGUGAUAUUUCCGGGUUUCUUCCGAGAGUGGGGCUGGGGUGGGCAGAGCAGUGGGCAGCAGGAAGUUAGGAGCCCUGAGUUUGACUUCUUGGUCUGCUGUGGCUGUCUGUUAUCUUGGGCAAGUCUGUUUCCCUCUUUCUGCCUGUCUUUCUUCCUGUGUAACACAAUGCUAAUGUCCCCUUGCUGUAUCUGGGUCCUUAGUGUUGAGCUGGGGUGGAGGGACAGGCAGGGUCCAAAAUUGUCACUGCUUGUGGGGUCAGACUGUCUGUGACAGUGAAAAAUGAUUUUCAGCUGUAUUUGCCUGGUUGCAGAUGCACAGACUUCGUCAUUUAUGCCAUGUACUUGGGUGGUUGAUAAUUGGGGAAUUUUGGAGGUGUUCUGGGUUUGCAGGCAGUCUUUUUUUUUUCCUCUUUUUUUUUUUUUUUUGCAUGGAGGAUCACUGGGCAAGAGGCUUUUCAGGUGGACCCAAGCCUGUGGGAAUAGCAGACACCCUUUUCCCCCUGAAAAUAAUUUUUGGAUUUGGGCAGAUAACUCAAAGUGGGGACAAGUUGCUCAAGAUGGAAGAAUCUCAUUUCAACUCCUCCCCGUACUUCUGGCCAGCAGUGCCCACCGUCUCGGGACAGAUCGAGAACACCAUGUUUAUUAACAAGAUGAAGGAGCAGCUAUUGCCCACAGAGAAGGGCUGCAGCCUGGCUCCCCCCCACUACCCUGCCUUGCUGACAGUACCCACUUCUGUUGCCCUACCCGCCGGUAUCUCCAUGGACUCGGACACCAAACCAGAGCAGCUGACGCCACACAGCCAAGCCCCUGUGACUCAGAACAUCACCGUGGUACCAGUGCAGUCUGCUGGGCUCAUGACAGCAGGUCCUGGUCUGGUGAUAACUUCCCCGUCAGGUUCCCUGGUGACCACAGCCUCCUCUGCCCAAACCUUUCCCAUCUCAGCUCCCAUGAUUGUCUCUGCGCUACCCCCUGGCUCCCAGGCAGCCCUCCAGGUGGUUCCUGACCUGUCCAAGAAAGGGACAACCACCCUCUCUGAAGGUGGUGGGGGUGGCGGGGGUGGGGGAGUUGCCCCCAAACCACCCCGGGGCCGGAAGAAGAAACGAUUGCAGGAGUCAGGGCUGCCCGAGAUGAGCGACCCCUUUGUGCUGUCAAACGAGGAUGAUGAGGACCAGCACAAGGAUGGCAAGACAUACAGGUGCCGGAUGUGUUCGCUGACCUUCUACUCCAAGUCGGAGAUGCAGAUCCACUCCAAGUCCCACACGGAGACAAAGCCACACAAGUGUCCUCACUGCUCCAAGAGCUUCGCCAACAGCUCCUACCUGGCCCAGCACAUUCGCAUCCACUCAGGGGCCAAGCCCUACACGUGCAGCUACUGCCAGAAGGCCUUCCGCCAGCUCUCCCACCUGCAGCAGCACACACGGAUCCACUCCAAGCUCCACACGGCGAUUGUCAAGCCGCACAAGUGUCCUCACUGCUCCAAGAGCUUCGCCAACACAUCCUACCUGGCCCAGCACCUCCGCAUCCACUCGGGGGCCAAGCCCUACACCUGCCGCUACUGCCAGAAGGCCUUCCGCCAGCUCUCCCACCUGCAGCAGCACACACGUAUCCACACCGGGGACCGACCCUACAAAUGCGCUCACCCUGGGUGUGAAAAGGCUUUCACCCAGCUUUCCAACCUGCAGUCCCACAGACGGCAGCACAACAAAGACAAACCUUUCAAGUGCCACAACUGCCACCGUGCAUACACGGAUGCCGCCUCGUUGGAGGUACACCUGGCUACACACACAGUGAAACACGCCAAGGUCUACACCUGCUCCAUCUGCAGCCGGGCCUACACCUCGGAGACGUACCUGAUGAAGCACAUGCGGAAACACAACAUCCCUGACCCACAGCAGCAGGUGGUUCAGGCGCAAGCCCAGGCCUCUCAGCAGCAGCAGCACUUCCAGCCGCAGGGCGGGGGGGCAGCAGGGGGCCCUUCUGGAGACACUAACCAACCCAACCCUCCCCCCCAGUGCUCCUUUGACCUGACUCCUUACAAGACUUCAGAGCAUCACAAGGACAUCUGCCUCACUGUCAGCACCAGCGCCAUCCAAGUGGAGCACCUCUCCAGCUCCUAGAGAGACCUCAACCCAGGGAGCAGAAAGCCUCUUGUGCAUAGCCUGCGCCCAGGGCCACCGCUUGUGCAGCGGCCCUCCUCGUGCAACAGUCUCCGGCCUCUCCUCCUUGCAACAGCCUCUUCUGGCCGUGUAACCCUGUUCAUGGCAGCCCCUUGAACAACAGCCUGUCUCAAGGGGGUGCUCCUUCUGUGCAACAGCCUGCCUGGUAGGAGGAUGCUUCCUUGUGCAAGAGCCCCUUUCCUGUGCCGGGAUCACUUCCUCAUGCAAGAGCCCCUCCUUUCAAACCCAAAGAAAGGCCCCCGUUUUGCCUUCUCUCUCACUGUAGGAUGCGUAUGAAGGGGGGGUGCGUGUUGAGACGUGCAUGGUGGAUGGGAUGGAGAGACGGUCCUUGUACGUACAGGGGCUCGGACACAUGUUUUCAGCAGGCCACAGAAGAAUGUGGCAGGGUUCACAGCUGGAUGGGUUUUUUUGAGGAUUUCCUUGAGUGUCUAAGAGAGAAAUAUCCAUUCCUGUCCCUCCUGCUUGUGAAAGGGAGGAGGGGUCGCUCGUCCUGCCCCAAGGACUGGAUGGGAGAAACCUCCUUCUCCCCAGUGGAAGGUGAGACCAGUGGCAGGACGGGGGGGAGAGGCGAGGCAUGUUCUCUGGGCCGGACAGGUGCCUACACUGCCCGAGGGCUGUGGAGUAUUGCACUCUUUCUCCUCCCUUGGUGGAGAGCAAUAGAGAGGAGUCUGUCUGAACUGGCUGCUGCCUCUCUCUCCCAGCUGUCUGAGCAGCACGAUGGCCAAGGCCCUGUAGGAAUGUGGGUUCGUGCUCAUUGCUCUUCCUGCCCGUUGUGGAUGAUGUCCUAGCAGCUUGUACUCGUCCUCCUCUCCCUCCUGCUCCCCGCCCCGCCCACCUCCUCAGAAAAGCCUGCAGGCAUCAACAACAAACCAAAAAGCAACCGGAGGGAGGGUAAGAGACUGCCAAAAUAAUCAUCACCCUUCUCUCUACUCCCUUUCCUGAAAAGCGGAACGACAGCAGUUCUGACUCUCACGCGCCUGUCCUGCCCCCAGUUUCCCAAAGGGAAGGAGGAGGAGGAAUAGACCAGUCUUUUCAAGGAGCCGGCAGGAGGCAGGGAAAGGCUAGCUUCUCCUGCUCACCUCCCAUCAGAGUGCUCUCCCAGGCUCCCUCUUGCCAAGACGGGCUGGACUCACAUGGCAGUGGUGGCCUCUUCUGGACCCUGGUCAUGGGAGAGAAUCCCCAAAAGGUGGACAGUGGAGAGAAGGGGAUGAAGAUCCCCACAGAGAGACCAAUCUAAUGAGAAGGGGGAGCCAACAAGAAUAAACUGAAGGCCCCUUGAAUUUAUAUAUAUAUAUAUAUAUAAAUAUCUAUUCCCCACCCCUGGCCCGCUCUGUCCUUGCUGUAACUGUUUCUAUCUCUGUGUUUAUAAAACGCAUUAUCCUGGCGAAUUUUUAUUUUCACUCUUCGUUUGUUUUUCCCUUUCUCUUCGUCUUCAAUUCUCCUUCCCUUUUUUUUUUUUUGUUUUUUGGUCCACAUGACUACUAGUCUUGUGUGUCACUUGUUAGUUUCUUUGGAUCGUGGAGGCUGACUCGGAAGAGAAUGAGAAGGCAAGGGAAAAAGCAUGUGUUGUUGGGAUUUAAAAUCAAAUCACCCACCCAAAGCCUAUAGAAUCCCAGACUUCUGUAUCAACAAACAAUAGGGGCGCUUUUUUUUUUUUUAACCACCUUGUAUAGAAAUAAAUUGGUGUAAAAGGCUCCUUGAAGGUGCUGCUGCGA